AUGAUUUUUAAUGCUCUUAGUAUCCUCAAUUCGACGGUCUAUUUCAUCCUCACGAUCGUUCUCCUCGCCCUCAGCCUUCUCACCCCGGGCGACUUCAUCUAUCAGUGUCGCGUCAACCAUAGAUUUACGAAUAUCUUCAUCGUUGCUGGUGUAUAUGUCCUCACGGUCCUGCUCGGCCUGCUGAUUUACGCAAGCCGUAUAUAUACGAAUCGUACCGCGCUUAGCGGAAUCCCAAAAGCAUGGAUACCCGUUUCGAAAGGCGAGGUGGAUAAAAAGGUGCAGAGAGUGGUGGAGGAAGGUCUGAAUCGGAGUGCGAUAAUUGCGUUUCAGGCACGGCCACGUAAUGUGUCAGACGAAAGCAGCGAACCGGUCCAUGAUGUUGAGCUCUCUAUCGCGGCUGAUCGACCGCCGUGGGGUGCAGUAUCGCAUGCUGGAUGGUCAGCGCCGUCGUCUACUGAUUUACCUGGAUUACGAUAUGAGUCGGUCAUCGAAGAGCUGCCGCAUUUGAUCGAAGCUAAAGCGGUUUCUCUCGUUCCUUCAAAGCCUGUGAGGGGCUUUAUUGAUCCUACAAUGCCCGGGGACGACGACGCUCCCGACCCGCGGUUGGUCGAGUUGUUGCAAAGACCGUCGGCGAUGGGGUUGCGGGAGUAUAUUGCACACCUUACAACUUUUGGUUUGAUCAAUCCGCCUGAGUUGGGAUCUGAAUUCUUGGUUAUCUAUGAGCAGUCACGCUUCUCAUCUCGUCCGUUAUUCGAGGAUGAGUUUCGGGCAUUGAUGGGAAUAUUUGCGGAGAUUUUGCGAGGGAUGAAGGAGUUGGAUUACCAUUAUUUGCAAGAACUUGGAGGGUUUGAGUCUAGGGUUGAUAGCGAGUCAUUCAUCGGUCCAUCAGACGAAGAGGGGGAAACCGAUACGUUGAAUUCGGAACAGAGUAUUGUUCCUCUGCGGCGUGAACGGAGCACAGACUCGUCGACAUGGAGCAGUAGUUUCCAUUCCGUGCAUACUGCGCCAAUGGAGCCCUCUGGCUCCUCGCCGACACUUGCUCGACAUACGGACCGGUAUGCGAGUCGUGGCCUGCAAAGCCCGUGGUCGAGGUCUGUAUCGCGCGCUCGAUCGAUUGCUUCUCAGAGCUCCGGCGGCGGCAGCGUCAUUCGUCUCACGAGAACGCGCAGUCCGUCAGAACUUCCGUACGAGAUCAACCUAUCAAGGUUGAACACUGCAGGCUCUGUAUGA